AUGGGCGCUGUGCAAAAGGUCAAAGUCAAAGGAACGGUGAUUUGUCAAAAACGACGGUACGCCGAUGCUCAAAUUGUGCUCGUCGAGAAGGAUCGAUUGGACUCGAAUGAUGUGCUCGACAAAUGCUAUUCGAAUCGAGAGGGCGAUUUCGAGAUUGCCGGCGAGGAGGAUGAGAUAGGCGCCAUUGACCCAUUCAUAACCAUUAGGCAUAAUUGCAACGCUCAGCCAGGUUGUGAGCGGAUCGGCAAGUAUCCGAUUCCAGCAGAAUCGAUUAAUGGAAGGGAAUACGAUAUGAGUUAUAUAAGCUUGGAUAUAAUGACACUUGAAGAGAAGCUCGAAUGCGCAUAA